AUGGAUCAAGUAAACGCUACCCGCAACGGGACUAACAACGAGACGGGCGUCGAUCCGGAAUGGACGCAGGCAGUAAUGUUCAAGCUGCGCACAGCCGUGCUGCUACUUAUAGUGAUCAUGGCUGUGUUGGGGAACAUGCUAGUUAUUGUCAGUGUUAUGAGACAUAGAAAACUUCGGGUCAUAACGAACUAUUUUGUAGUAUCGCUAGCAUUUGCUGACAUUCUCGUCGCGAUGGUCGUAAUGCCUUUCAAUUUUAGUGUGCAAUUUUAUAAUGAAUGGAUAUUCGGUCAAGUGAUAUGCGAUUUGUGGAAUUCGUCAGAUGUAUACUUCACUUCGACGUCGAUUUUACAUUUAUGCUGUAUAUCCGUCGAUAGAUAUUAUGCUAUUGUAAAACCUUUGAAGUAUCCGAUUAAGAUGACGAAAAAGAUGGCAUUCGUCAUGUUAGCAGCAACGUGGCUUAGUCCAAUAACAAUAUCUUAUGCCCCAAUAUUUAUGGGAUGGUACACAACCAGUCAGUUCUUAAGAGAAAGAUCACCAGACCAGUGCGAGUUCAAAGUCAAUAAGCCAUAUGCUGUAAUAUCUAGCUCGAUAUCCUUCUGGAUACCUUGCACCAUCAUGAUAUUCACCUAUCUAGCUAUAUUCAAGGAAGCUAAUAGACAGGAGAAGGCACUUCAUGCCAGAGCUGGUAAUGCUAUGCUAAUGCAUCGCCAUUCGAGGGAAGUUGGCGAUAAGAACGGGGCAUUACAUAUCAACGCUACAACUCCCACUAAAGACAGAAAUAUACUUAAGAUGAAAAGAGAACAUAAAGCGGCGAGGACUUUAGGAAUCAUUAUGGGAGCUUUCAUCUUAUGCUGGCUGCCAUUUUUCCUGUUUUACGUAUCAACAUCUUUAUGUGACUCGUGUGAAUAUCCUGAAGUCGUGACAGUUAUAAUGUUUUGGACUGGUUAUUUUAAUUCUGCAUUGAACCCGAUUAUUUACGCGUACUUUAACAGAGACUUUCGUAAUGCAUUCAAAAAUACGUUAGCGUGUGCGUUUUGUAGCUUCUGUCGUCGACGAGCAUCAGAUUUGGAGGCCAUGGAGAGGUUAGACAGACGAGGUUCUGCACAAUUAAGGGUACCUGUCCCUUCAAGACGUGCGUCAGAUUUGGCGUCCCUU